AUGGACGAGGAUAUCUCCAACUUCGUCGCCAUCACGGCUGCCAGCCCAGAGGCCGCACGUGGCUUCCUGGAGAUGGCCAACAACAACCUUGAACAGGCCAUUCAGCUUUUCUUCGAGAGCCCCGACAUCCAGAACAGCUUUAACUCGGUACCCGCCGCCACCUCAUCGACAGCGCCCCCGGUGCCCGCGAGCACUCGACCCAACGUCGGACGGCAAGACGACCGCGGGGUCAUCCACAUUGACAGCGAUGAUGAUGGCGAUACCGCAAUGACGGUGGACGACAUGGACGAUAACUUCGGACAAGACGACUCUGACGUCGCGGCUAAUGCUCAGGUGGCGGCUAUCGCCCGAAGUGCGCAGGAGGAAGAAGACGCCGCCAUGGCCAAGAGACUACAGGAGGAGCUGUAUGGAGGUGGCCCUGCAGGUGGCGGCGGUGGUAGUGGUGGCGGUUUCGGUGGUGGCCAGGACGACGUCAGGUCGCCCAUCGCAAGAACUACGGAAACGCUGGUUGGAGGCUACGAAGGUGAUGAUGGUAUGGACAUGGAUACUAUUAUCCGGGCGCAGAUGAGGCAGAGAGAAGCGGCCAGAGCUGCUCGAGGUGGCUCUAGGAAUCCCUUCAACCACAACUUGUCGAUUUGGGACGAUGACAGCCCGACUCCCGCGCAACCGGCUCAGCCAGCCUCGAACGAGGGCGGCACCCGCGCCCAGCGACUCGCAGAACUGUUCCGACCUCCCUACGACAUCAUGUCUAGACUGGACUGGGACGAGGCGAGGCAGGAGGGCAAGGACGAGAAGAAGUGGAUCCUGGUCAACCUCCAGGACAUGAGCGACUUCAACUGCCAGGCUCUGAACCGGGACAUCUGGAAGGAUGCGGCGAUUCGCCAGCUGCUGGAGGAGAGCUUCAUCUUCCUCCAGUACGACAGGAGCGCCAUGUCGGCGCAGCAGUACAUCAACUUCUACUUCCAUGGCAGCGGACACGAGAACCCCGACAACUACCCUCAUGUUGCCAUCAUCGACCCGAGGACAGGAGAGCAGGUCAAGGUGUGGAGCGGACGGCCGUUCCCCAGCGCCUCCGAUUUCCACGCCCAGCUGGCCGAGUUUCUGGACCGCUACAGCUUGGCGGCCAACAGCAAGAACCCCGUGGUGGACCAGGCAGCACCACGCCCCAAGACGGUCGACGUUGACCGGAUGACUGAGGAGGAGAUGCUGGAGAUGGCGUUGCAGAACAGUCUUGCGGCGUCCAACGGCGGCAGCAGCUCCAAGCCCACGUCGAGCGUGGUCGACCCUGAUGCGCUCACCAAGUCGGAGUCUCCCAAGGGCGAGGCGGCAGGCGGCGUCACCCCUACAGCAGAGCCAGCUGCGUCGCAGAGCAUCUGGGCCAAGAUUGCCGGCGACAAGCCGCACACGGAGCCCGAGAACAAUCCGGCGACGACGACGCGGAUACAGUUCCGUCACCCUACGGGACGUGUCAUCCGGCGGUUCAACUUGGACGACUCGGUCAGGCGCAUCUACGAGUGGCUCAAGGCCGAGCCGCUGGAGGGCAAGGACGGCAUCGAGUUUGAGCUGAAGCGCAUGCCGCAGGGUCAAGACUUGACGGAAGAGCUGGAAAAGACCAUCUUGGAGGCCGGGCUCAAACAGGGAACGGUUAUGAUUGAGUUCAUCGAGGAUUAG